UUAUCUGUUGUGAAGGACAAGACCUUCCAAAUCACCGUGGAUAUGGACAAGGAAGAAAAGAAGACUAUCAACCACAGUCAAGAAGAUGAAAUGGAGGUUUAUGGCUAUAACUUGUGUCGCUGGAAGCUCGCCAUCGUGGCUCUGGGCGUGAUCUGCACCGGUGGGUUUCUCCUCCUCCUCCUCUACUGGAUGCCAGAGUGGCGGGUGAAAGCGACCUGCGUCAGAGCUGCGGUCAAGGACUGCGACGUGGUGCUGCUGAGGACAACUGAUGAAUUCAGAAUGUGGUUUUGUGCAAAAAUUCGCUUUCUUUGUUUGGAGAGUGACUCAUUUUCAAAUCCCAAAUCCAUAGUUAGUGAGGUUUGCAAUGGCCAUGGAGUUCAUCUAACUGACAAUCCAGCUGGAGGGAAUCGACACGAGCCGAGUAAAUAUUUACAGACUCAUUCUCAUCAGAUUCGUUAUUUCACCCACCAUAGUGUAAAGUAUUUCUGGGAUGAUACCAUUCACAAUUUUGAUUUCUUAAGGGGACUGGAUGAAGGUGUUUCUUGUACGUCAAUUUAUGAAAAGCAUAGUGCAGGACUGACAAAGGGGAUGCAUGCCUACAGAAAACUGCUUUAUGGAAUAAAUGAAAUCACUGUGAAAGUGCCUUCUGUUUUUAAGCUUCUAAUUAAAGAGGUUCUGAACCCAUUUUACAUUUUCCAGCUGUUUAGUGUUAUAUUGUGGAGCACUGAUGACUACUACUACUAUGCUUUAGCCAUCGUGGUUAUGUCCCUGGUAUCCAUUGUAACUUCACUAUAUUCCAUUAGAAAGCAAUAUGUUAUGUUGCAUGACAUGGUGGCAACUCAUAGUACCGUGAGAGUUUCAGUUUGCAGAGUAAAUGAAGAAAUAGAAGAAAUCUUCUCUACCGACCUUGUGCCGGGAGAUGUCAUUGUCAUUCCCCUGAACGGGACCGUCAUGCCCUGUGAUGCGGUUCUUAUUAGUGGCACUUGCAUUGUGAAUGAGAACAUGUUAACAGGAGAAAGUGUUCCGGUGACAAAGACUAAUUUGCCAAAUCCUUCAGUAAAUGUAAAAGGCACAGGGGAGGAAUACUAUAGUCCAGAAACACAUAAGCGGCAUACUCUGUUCUGUGGAACAACUGUAAUCCAGACUCGUUUCUACACUGGAGAACUUGUGAAAGCCAUUGUGGUUAGAACAGGAUUUAGUACUUCCAAAGGACAGCUUGUCCGUUCCAUACUGUAUCCCAAGCCAACUGAUUUUAAACUCUACAGAGAUGCCUACAUGUUUCUGCUGUGUCUUGUGGGCGUGGCUGGCAUUGGGUUCAUCUACACAAUUAUCAAUAACAUUUUAAAUGAGGUAGAAGUUGGGAGAAUAAUUACUGAGUCUCUUGACAUCAUUACAAUUACUGUGCCCCCUGCACUUCCUGCUGCCAUGACUGCUGGAAUUGUGUAUGCUCAGAGGAGACUGAAGACAGUUGGUAUUUUCUGUAUCAGCCCCCAAAGGAUAAAUAUAUGUGGGCAGCUGAAUCUUGUUUGUUUCGACAAGACUGGAACUCUUACUGAAGAUGGUUUAGACCUGUGGGGGAUUCAACGAGUGGAAAAUAUGCGAUUUCUUUUGCCAGAAGAAAAUGUUUGCAAUGAGAUGUUGGUGAAAUCUCAGUUUGUCGCGUGCAUGGCUACUUGUCAUUCCCUUACAAAGAUUGAAGGAGUGCUUUCUGGUGACCCCCUGGACUUGAAGAUGUUUGAAGCCAUUGGAUGGAUCCUGGAAGAAGCAACUGAAGAAGAAACAGCACUUCAUAAUCAGAUUAUGCCCACUGUUGUUCGUCCUCCCAAACAACUACUUCCUGAAUCCGUACCAGCAGGAAACGAAGAAAUGGAGCUGUUUGAACUUGCAGCUGUUUAUGAGAUAGGAAUUGUUCGCCAGUUCCCGUUUGCUUCAGCUCUGCAACGCAUGAGCGUGGUCGCCAAGGUGCUCGGGGAGAAGAAGAUGGACGCCUACAUGAAAGGGGCCCCCGAGGUCGUUGCCAGCCUCUGCAGACCCGACACAGUUCCUGUUGACUUUGAGAAAGUUUUAGAAGAUUAUACUAAACAGGGUUUCCGUGUGAUCGCUCUUGCACACAGAAAAUUAGAGUCAAAACUGACGUGGCAUAAAGUGCAGAGCAUUAGCAGAGAUGCCAUUGAAAACAACAUGGAUUUUAUGGGAUUAAUUAUAAUGCAGAACAAAUUAAAGCAAGAAACCCCUGCAGUACUUGAAGAUUUGCAUAAAGCCAACAUUCGCACUGUCAUGGUCACAGGUGACAAUAUGUUGACUGCUGUUUCCGUGGCCAGAGACUGUGGAAUGAUUCUACCUCAGGAUAAAAUUAUUAUUGCUGAAGCAUUGCCCCCGAAGGAUGGAAAAGUUGCCAAGAUAAAUUGGCAUUAUGCAGACUCCCUAACCCAGUGCAGUAAUUCAUCAGCAAUCAAUUCAGAGGUGAUUCCAAUGAAAUUAGCUCAUGAUAGCUUAGAGGACCUACAGCUGGCUCGUUACCAUUUUGCCAUGAAUGGAAAAUCAUUUUCUGUGAUUCUAGAGCAUUUUCAAGAUCUAGUUCCUAAGUUGAUGUUGCAUGGAACGGUGUUUGCUCGUAUGGCGCCUGACCAGAAGACGCAGUUAGUAGAAGCACUGCAAAAUGUCGAUUAUUUUGUUGGGAUGUGCGGUGAUGGAGCAAAUGAUUGUGGUGCUUUGAAGAGAGCACACGGAGGCAUUUCCUUGUCAGAACUUGAGGCUUCAGUGGCAUCGCCUUUCACUUCUAAAACCCCCAGUAUUUCCUGUGUGCCAAACCUCAUCAGGGAAGGCCGUGCUGCUUUGAUGACUUCCUUCUGUGUGUUUAAGUUUAUGGCAUUGUACAGUAUCAUUCAGUACACCAGUGUUACUCUACUGUAUUCUAGCUUAAGUAUCCUAGGAGACUUCCAGUUUCUCUUCAUUGACAUGGCAAUCAUUUUGGUACUAGUAUUUACAAUGAGUUUAAACCCUGCCUGGAAGGAACUUGUGGCACAGAGACCGCCUUCAGGUCUCAUAUCUGGCGCCCUGCUUUUCUCCGUUCUGUCUCAGAUCAUCAUCUCCGUUGGAUUUCAGUCUCUGGGGUUUUUCUGGGUCAAGCAGCAGCCUUGGUAUAAAGUGUGCCCUCUACAUUUAGAUGCUUGUAAUACAACAGGAAGCCUGUACUGGAAUUCUUCACACUCAUGCAAUGAAACUGAUCCUGAUAAAAUUAAAAAUUAUGAAAAUACCACAGUGUUUUUUAUCUCCAGCUUCCAGUACCUCACAGUGGCAGUUGUUUUUUCAAAAGGAAAACCCUUCAGGCAACCUUGCUAUAAGAAUUAUUUUUUUGUUGUAUCUGUGAUUAUUUUGUACUUUUUCGUAUUACUCAUCAUGUUGCAUCCAAUUGCCUUUGUUGACAAGGUUCUUGAGCUCGUGUGUGUCCCCUAUGAGUGGCGCAUAACCAUGCUGCUCAUUGUCCUCCUCAACGCCGUUGUGUCUGUCGUGGUGGAGAGCUUCUUCCUUGACAUGGUCCUUUGGAAAGUUGUGUUCAAUCGAGACAGACAAGGAGAGUGCCGCUUCAGCACCACAGCGCCGCCACAGGAGUCGGUGGACCGGUGGGGGAAAUGCUGCUUUUCCUGGGCGGCCCUGCGCUGUCGGAAGAAGACUCCAAAGGCGAAGUACAUGUACCUGGCACAGGAGCUGCUGGUUGACCCCGAGUGGCCACCGAAACCCCAGACAACAACAGAGGCCAAAGUUUUGUCCAAGGAGAAUGGGUCGUGUCAGGUCAUCACCAUCGCCGGCGACCCGGGCUCGGUGGCGUACUGACGCGGGGCUUGGGACUUCCUGAUGCCGCGUGUCGGAGCGUGUGCUGCUCCACGCCCUGUCAGUUCUCAGAACAGUACUGGCCUCAUAGUCAGUUACCUCUCAGGCCUUCCCUGUCUGCAGUCACCAACCUAAAUAUUACACACAUUUCCAGAAUUUUGGUUCUCACCCUCAGUGAUACUUUGUUUUGGAUACAAGAGGAACUUGGUGCAUGAGGGGCUUGGGGAGUAGUUUCCUCUCCUAUUUGCACAACUCCCGUCUUAGAAAAAAUUCAUAUUUCUAUUACAGACCCUAAAUGUGUGAUUGGUAAAAAAUGGGUGUUGGUUAGCUGCCGGUGAAAACAAGUGGGGAGGCUGUUUCCUUUGAUUCAGUCCUUCCAAAGAUUCCGUGUGACCUGCGCCAGCUCCCUUCGGGAGUCAGGAGUGAGUUCAGUGGUGUUGCUUAGAGAGCUCAGGCUAUUUCCAUUACGGUUUUCCAUUUUCUGUACAAACUGCCCGGGUUUGAUUUUUGUAAUCAGCAGGCGCGCUCCUGCCUCUGCGAUGACCCCUCGCUGUGUGGUGGGUCUUGUGUGUGUGUGGAGUUGGGAGUCUGGUUUGCUUCAGUUUCAUGUUGUGGAACCUUCCUCACUGAGAACAGAAGAUGAUUUCUUUUGGCAGUAGGUGUAGAACUACCUUUUUAAUACCUCUUUACUCCUGUUUUUUCUUCAGGAUUAAUGUUAUUUUAAAUACCUUUUUAUUUUUCCAUUUUUGAUUACCUAAAGACAUAGGAUGAGAGUGAAUUUUGUUUUUUGAUUUAGAAUUUUACCUGAAAGUUUUUUAAGGUUUGCUGUAUGAGUCUCCUAUCAGUAACAAGGCUUUUACAGUAGAGCAUUGGAUUUGAAUGACUGCUCUUUCCCAAAGCAGCGUGAGCUUGGCGAGAGUUUGUUCUGUGCCAUCAGGGGGCGCCAGAGGUCUGAGUGCGUCUGUUCUGUUAGAAAGAAGCACAGGGCCGGGGCAAAUUCCUGGGAGAAAAAAAACCUGAGGAAAUACAGGUAAAAGACAUUUGCAGAAGAUGUGCAGAGAGUGUUUUUCACUUUUCUGUUUUACCUGGUUAAUGUUUAAAUUCUAAAGGAACUUAAGGUAGCUUUUAAAGUGCCGUUAAAAACGGGGUCCAGGGUUUGGCAGUGCCCAAGUUAGGAUAAACAUGGGGCGGUUGUUACUGUAAAAUGGCCCUGAAAUGUUCAACACACAGUUUUACCCUCUGCCCUUCCUUAACUACUCACGUGCUUGCGCAUUUCACUCGAGCAGCUCAUUAUUUCCCGACACCAACUUACCGUUUAACCAGAUGUUACCCAGACUUGUGGACCCAAACGCGGCUCAUUCUUGGUGCCGCCGAGACCCAGCCAGAGUUGGCUGACUGUGGAAACGUGCAUGGCACUCGGGUCAGCCUUCCUGCUGUUGCCACGGAUGAGUCGUACAAAGUACGAUCCGAGUUUUCUAUCAGAAUGCAUAAUAGGGUAUCGACACACAUUAGGUGAUAAAAACAACUUCUCCACGAAUGAUCCAGUGAAGCUAUGCAUCUUAGACCUCUCAGGCUGUGAAUUAGCACUGUUUUCUACAGUUCCUUAUUCUCUUGUUUUCUAUAUUCAUUUCUACAUUCAUUUUAAAUAUGCUCAAGUGCUGUUCUUCAGUGAUUGCCAGAAUUGUAAAUUUUAUUCUUUGGUUUCAAUAUUGAAGCAUAUAAUUAAAGUGAUCGCUAAAUAGCAGCUCACAAAUCCAGAGGAUCAGAUUGUAUUUAACGUCUUUAACAGCAUGAUCAUAAAGAGCUAUUUUUGACACACGCAGGCUUGUACCAUUCGGAGUCAGUAGGGUUUGGUAGGUCCCUGUCUGUGGUGUUCUAGAGGAACACCAUUUAGGUAGAUGGAAACCGUCUAGGCGGGGCGGGUUGGUCCCGUGGAGAAUGUCGUUUGAAGGACGUCUGUGAAACCAGCUGUCAGUCUUCUCAGUGCCAUCGAUGGGCUGAGUCCUCUGUGGCUCACUGUUGCAUAGUAGUCAUUUUGGUUUUGAAUUUUACCUUAAAUUAUUUGAGUGUAUACAGAACUAAAUUUAAAAAUCUGUACAUAUAUUAUUUUGAUGUAUUAAGGUUGAUAAAUAUUGCUGAUUUAAAUUUUAUUUAUGCACCUACAGGACAGAAAUGUCCAGGAAAGUAAUUGUUAAAUAAUGUUAAUUGUUAAAAUAACUUUUUAACUUUUUAAAUAAAUAACAAGAUUUUUAAUGUGUGUCUCCCUCAGGGUUGUUCAGGUCCCCUCCCUCAAAUACAGUGCUGACUGUGUUCUCUGUCUUCUGGCACCGACGGCUGUAAGCUGUGCUGCAAGUGAUGCUUGAAUAAACGUGGCUAAGCCAACAACAAAAUAAACGCUUUCUAGAGUAGUUUUAUAAUCCUUCAAUUCAAAAGCUUUCCAGGUCGCACUCCCAUUUAAGCAGAACCGUGGCAGUUUGAACUCUGCCCAGAUGGUGGCAGCGCCGCGGUCUCCGAGGCCGGUGGGGACACCGCGUUCGGGUGCCUUCCCCAAACAGCAGCACGCCCGGCGGAGAGCACAAGCCGCGCGUUACGAAGACAUUCUGAUACUUCGUGCAUGUAAUUUUGACACAUCUGAAAAUAAGUUUUUGUAUUUUUACGGUGGGAGGGGAUAGGGCAGUUUUAACAAAGUAGGAUGUUAAUUUUUGUACAGUCGUGGGCAUUUACACAUAUUUUUAAUGUAUUAAAAUUUGAUAAUUAUGUGCACAUGAAAUUAAGUUACUUCCUGUUAUGAUUUGUGAAUUCCCUAAGACCUUGGAUUUUUUAAGUAACUUUUUAUCAGAAAUGAUACUUCAUCUUUAUAUUUUUAAAAUUGUAUUGCUGCUCAAGAAUGGUACCCUGUUGUCACGAAGGCAUCCGUUCAUGAUUGUACGUUCAGCAUUGUAAAUGACCUUAUGAAUCUUUUUUGAUUGAAGCUAUUAAAAUAAAAAUCUAAAUGAUA